CACCCUCCCCGGCGCCAUCCAAUCCGCGCUCGGGAGAGGCGGGCCCCUGGCACUUGCGGGAACAGCUGCUUCUGCUACGCGGAGGGAAGUGAUGCGUCUGAGGAGUGUGGAUGCAGAAAGAGAGGGAGGGGGGGCGUCCCUUGGAAGAAAAGGGGGGCUGCGCUGAGCGGGGAGGAGCAGCGAGCCCCUUGCAUUGAAAAACGGGGCGGGAGCGAGCUUUUGCUUCUUUGAAGACUGGAGGGGGGUGGAAGAGGCGCCUCUGCAAAGCCUUCCCCCUCUUGCGGCGCAUCUGAGGCCUGAAAAGUGAGGGGGGAGCCAGUUGCAUGGAGGGGGGCUGCAGGGCGAAGUUGCUCGCUUGCACCGCCCGCUUAUGAGUGUAGAGAUUUGCAGAGGCUGGAAAGGAGAAGGAGGGCGCGCUGGCAUGGGGGGUGGGCUGAGGACAGCAAGGGCAUCGCUGGGGGGCGCCCUCUUCCGUUUGGAGACUGCUGCAGGGAGGGGUGGGCAGGUAGGUAGGUAGGCAGGCGAAGGCGCUGGGCUCUCUUUGAUUCCUCUGGCUGCUGCUUCUGCUGCUGCCCUCCCCCAGUCUCCAGCCUCCGCUGGGCCCGGGCCUCCUCCACGCUGGAUGCCCUCUGCCGCCUGCACCCAGCUGGAGCCGUGGGCCCCCCAUGCGCCGCCCCCGCUGCCGCCCUCUAUGUUCUACGUGGGCUUGUUCUUCGUCAACCUGCUGAUUCUCUACUACGCUUUCCUGCUGGAGUACAUCGCCCUCAACGUCGGCAUCGUCUUCCUGCCCGAGGACAUGGACCAGGCCCUGGUGGAUCUCGGGGUGGUCUCCGACCCGGCUCUGGGACUCUACGAGCUGGACAGCGAGGUGGAAGUGCUGGACGGCUACUGGGAAUAACUCGGGCCCCCUCCCCGAAAGAGAAACUGGCACGGGCUGGGAAGAGGAGCGUCGCUGCAUCCAGAUGUGGGCACAGCUGGACGGACCCUUUGUAGACUGCGAUGGGGGCACAGGGACAGCCUAGCUGGGCAGGUGCCAGGAAGCCCUCUGCCCCACCUGCCCCAGUCGUGGGUUUUCUGCUUGAGCUGGAAAGACUGGGGAGAGGACCACCGACUUUUGGGGGUGCCAUGCUAAAGGCAGGCAAGACAGCGACGAGGCAGGAAGAGGGAGCCAGAGUUGGCACGGACGGACAGGGUCCCUUCGAGGCACUGAAAUUUGCACACGUUUUCUGCACAUGUGUAAAAGAAGCUGGGCGUGCCAGAUUACGGGGCAAGACGGCACGGUCGUGAACUUGCAUCUCCGCGAGAGGAAACGGCUUCCAGAGCAACGUGGGCUUCCUAACAGCCUGGCUGAGGAGGUCCUCAGCAUUUGCUUGUUUUUCAGGGAUUUGCCAUGAUUCUGCGGGAAACUGAUUAUGCACAGCUAUCAGAAUUUGCUUAGAGAUUCCAGAAGGGCUUCCAAGUCACGGGAAACACUGCCGGGUCAUUUUUAACGGUGAGCCGGGCUGCCAAUCACACGUCACAAACUUCCAGGGAAUGGAGAAGUCGUUGAUGCCGAUAUGUUGAGCUUGGUGGUACUAUCAGGAUAAGAAGCCUGAGACCAGGUGUGUGGUGAGAGGGGGACCAGAUAUUGCUAAACUACAAAUCCCAUCAACCCCAGCAAGCACAGCCAAAGCCCAGGGAUGAUGGGAGCUGCAGUUCAGCAAAAUCUGGAGGGCAAAGAUUUUCCGCACGCCUGCUAAAGUGGUUGAUGGAGCAGGAUGGGGCAUGGUUUUACACGGUGGGGGAGACUUACAAUUAUCCAGAUAUUGCUGAACUACAACUCCCACCAUCCCUGAGUGUCAACCAUGCUUGCUGGGGGCUGACGGGAGUUGGCACUGAACCACAUCUGAAAGGCUCCCAAUCCCUGUUUUUUUAAGGGGUGCUGGAAAAACCACUGUGAGAUCUCAAGAAGUAUUGCAAGAGAGCCCUGGCACAUUUUUGCACCGUCUGCACACAGUUAGAGGGUUGGUUUUGGCCGUCCCCCAACCUUGCAUGCGGUCCUGGGCCCAGUUUGCACCGACCGGUCUCACGAGGGUAGCCACCUUCGGUUCAGGACCUGGUGCAUUCCUUGUGCAUCACCAGUACAACUCUGCAAUGCACGUGAAUGGUUGCUUCAAAAAAAUCUCUGCCAUGUCGGAGUUUGUGUAUGGAAAGCUUGCGUGUCGUUAAAGGAGCCUUCUCCCUGACAUGUUAGAUUUCUGCAAGCAAGGGAGAGUUUGAUGUGGGAACACUUGCAUCCAGAGUUGUUACUAGCCCACAGGGACUGCAAUUUGCACCCUUCCUAAAACAUGCAGGAUCUGCUCUGCCAUCAUCAUAACCUCCCAGCCGACAAUCUGCAUUUGCUGUUGAUGAGCUAUAGAACAGGUCACACUUUUCUGAAAGGGGGAAAAAACCCCCACCCUAAUCCCAUUAAGCUUCAGGAACUCAUUUCAUAACCCUCAAAACGUCGCCUUUUAAAGAAUAAAAAAAUGAAGAGAAUUGCAGGGAGUCAGUGCGUCUGCCACACAGUGUUACGGGAAAGAAUUGCUUUUGUAAGUAUUUUUGUAAUUUUGGGAAAGGAAGGGGGUCUUGUUAAUUCCCACGUUAUUUUGCCUAGUGUUGAAAUGCAGUUCUUAUGUUUAAAAAAAUAAUAAUGUAAAAAGCAAUAUAUUGAUAACCAGCCUCUUUCAAAUACACAAGUAUGCAGGUCAACUGAU